GUUUCCUUGGAGACGAGACAGACUGGUCUCGCUGGGAAGUCUGCGUGGCCUAGGUUACCACGCGGUCCACGCUCAGACAAAAAAGCCGCAGAAGCCGAAUAAACAGGCAUCGCAAGAGAUCAAGGCCCCGCGGACUCACGACUCUUCUUCCAUUUUCCCCAACGGCCCUUUUCUUUCCAGAAAUUGUGUUCCAUGGCAGCGGUCCAAGCAGAUACCCAGUGGUCCAAGCCAUCUACUCUGCUUCCCGUCCUACAAACCAGAGGUGACAAGAGGAGCAGAAUGGAGGCUUUGACUAGUGUCCUGCAAGGGUUGCAUUCCAAGCCGACCACGUCGGGGAGAAGCCAGCUGAGGAAGCCACCAGAAAUGCACAGAGCGAAGUUGUCCUCGGAGAAGGCGCAGGCCAAAAUCCGGUUCCUGGGGACGUUGCUCAGGACCUGGCGGAACUCACUCCAGGAGCUCUUCAGCCAUGAGGUCUUCCUCACCAAGCUCAACUGCGAGCUGGUCAGGGCCAUCCAGGACAUGGAGGAGAGCUCGACCCUGAGAGCGCGCGAGAUGCUGCAGCAGCAGGACAUCCUUGCGACCAGGAUCAACAUCCUGGAGUGGUCCAACCAGAAGGAGCUGCAGCAGCUGACGCAGGAACUUAAGGAGUGGGAGGAGAAGGAGGAGUCCAAGAUGAAGGACCUGGAGCAGCAGGUGGAACAGCUGAAUGCCAAGAUCGAGAAGACCCACAAGGAAGUGAGCUUCCUGAGCACAUACAUGGACCACGAGUACCCGGUCAAGGCGGUCCAGAUUGCCAACCUGGUGCGUGAGCUACAGCAGAUGAAGGAUGCCCAGCAGAAUGAGCUGGAUGACCUGAAUGAGAUGUGCAGAAUGGUCCUGGAGUAUUUGUCUGAGCAGAUUCUGAAGACACAGAAAAACCUUCUGAGGUCUCUGGUGGUGAAAAGCCAGAAGCCCCAUCAGGAAGCUCUUCUGCAGAAGAUCCGGGAGGGCCAGCAGAUGCUGAGACAUAUAGACAAGUUGAGAGAAUUUAUCAGCCAGUUUGAGAAGGAAAUACCCAUCCUGAAGGCCGAGGUGGAGCAGCUCCAAGUCCAAGUCCAGGAGCCCCGAGAGAUCGUGUUUGCAGAUGUUCUGCUUCGGAGACCCAAGUGCACCCCAGACAUGGACGUCACCCUCAACAUCCCCGUGGAAGAGCCGCUCCCCUUCUAGAUGGCGGGCCACGGGCCACCCUUCCGACCCUGCCCCACCCGCUCACCCGGAGCCUUGACUUCUCUCCUUCCACGACCACGUCUCCGCUCAGAGCCUGGUCUGCCCUCCCUCUCCCCCUCCCUCUCUCCCUUUCUUCCUUACUCCCUCCUUCCCUCCCCCCCCUCCCCAUCCUCCUUCCUCUCCCUUCUCCCUUUCUCCCUCCAACCUUCUUCUUUUCUUUCUGGUUGGUUCUGCUGGUUGGGCCAGGUGGGCAUUCCCAGUGAAGUCUGCCAUUCCUUCUUACCAAUAAAGCUGGCUUUGCAUUUGC